AAAAACAUUUAAUUGCUAUUAUAAAAAAAGACAUUCAGUUAUUGAAAAUGUCGUGGCUUGAACGUACGGACGAAUAUUUCCGUGAUUUAAAUUUGUGGAGUUUGUGGGUGGAUCGAGCGUACUUUAAUGUCAGUAAUGGACGUGAAGCGGAUUAUUUUUUAUACAGUUUGGCAUCAAAUUGUGUUCGUUGUCCAUUUAGACAUUUGAGUAAUGUUACAGCAAACAGUGAUACGGUAUUGGUUGUCAAUACAGCACGACCAAUUGAAAUGAAACUUUUUGACAAGCAUCACGGCAGUCAUGUGUUUCCAAAUCAAUCAAAUGAUGGACUUGUUUGGGAAGAUACGCCAAAAAUGGGUCAAUUUGGAGUCUAUGAUUUAAUUCUAGAUCCAAGUGGAACUAACCGCUUUGAAGUAGCACUAGAACCAGUUCCAAUUUAUUGGUCUAUUUUGGUCAUUGCCGUGAUUACUGUUGCUUUCUACUGGCUGUGCAAAUGCAUUAAUCAUUUUAUCUUAUCACGCUGGAGAAAAAGUGCUAUUGGAAGUGAAGAAACGACGAAAAAAAGAUUAAAAAGUUUAGAUAUUUUUAGAGGAAUUUCGAUGGUUUUGAUGAUUUUCGUCAAUUAUGGAGGCGGAUAUUAUUGGUGGACGGGUCAUGCUGAUUGGAAUGGAUUUCUUAUGGCUGACAUUGUUUUCCCUUGGUUCUUAUUCAUCAUGGGUGUUUGUAUUCCCAUGAGUAUUAGAUCCCAAUUUAUGAGAAAAAUCGCAACGAUUAAAAUUGUUCAGAGGAUAUUAACCCGCUCAGUUCUACUGUUCCUUAUUGGACUCUGCAUGUUUGCACAAAGUGUGACAUUUUCAGAAGUUCGAAUCAUGAAUGUUUUACAACGAUUCGCAAUUGCGUAUCUAUUAGUAAGUUUGGUUCAUGUUGCUUUCGUUCAAUAUCCAGAAUAUAGAGCCCCGCAGCUUCUUGAUGACUUAAAAUUAGUAUGGAAAGAAUGGAUAUUAAUGGUUUGCAUUGUGGCAAUACACACAGGAAUUGUUUUUGGGAUAAAACUAGAUGGCUGUGACCGAGGAUAUGUUGGACCGGGAGGUACUCAUGAUUUUAUGACAAAUCCGUUAUGCACUGGUGGAGUAACUGGCUUUGUAGACCGUGCAAUACUGACUGAAAACCACAUGUUUCAAUGGGCAAGUAUUAGAUCAAUUUAUGAAGCUACACAACGAUUCGAUCCAGAAGGAAUUUUUGGAUCAUUGACGACAGUAUUCCAUGCAUUUUUGGGACUACAAUGUGGAGUCAUUUUAAUGGUUUAUCAAGAUCAUAAAGACAGACUGAUUCGAUGGUUAAUUUGGGGUACGGGACUCACUUUCUUAACUCUCAUCCUCACGCUCUGUAGCAUUGAAGACGCACCAAUUCCUAUAAAUAAAAAUUUAUGGUCAUUGACUUAUGUAACAGCAACAUCAGCAUCCUCAUUUUUCCUCUUGGCUUUAAUUUAUUUCAUCGUUGAUAUGAAAGAGAUUGGUGAUGAUUUUUGGACAAUAUUUCAAUAUCCAGGCAUGAAUGCAAUCCUCAUUUACAUCGGACAUCUAAUUCUUGAUAAACAUUGGCCAUUCCACUUUUAUGUCGAACGCAUGAACACCCACUUCAUUUACUUAUUAAAAAAUAUUUAUACCUGUAUUAUUUGGAUAUUUGUCGCCCACAUCCUAUACCGUAAGAAGAUCUUCUUUAGUCUUUGAAUUCUCUUUUUAUGUAAAUAAAGCACAAACGAAAUUUAUUUAAAUGAAAAUUUCCUUUAAUUACUCUCUUCAAUGGAAAUUGAGUUGACUACGACAUAAUAUAAUUAAAACAUUUUCAUUUCUUUAGCCUUAAGUGAACAAAGCACCACAUUGACUCACCAUGGAAAAUGUAAGGUUUGCUGUAGGAGG